AUGAAGGACUACGACGUCCUCCGCAAUGAGAGGCUCGAGUUCACGGAGCGUUGCUUCGACUUCGCCCUCGCGGACGGACCCCUUCCCGGCAGGCACUGCAGCGUCCUGCUUCUUGUGCGCCCUGGCGACCUGCUUUUGCCCGACGAGGAGGAGCCCGGGACCUUCUGCCGCCACCUCGACCCCAAGACUUCCUCCAAGCUGCACGAGAAGGAGGCGGCCAGCUUUUUGAGCUUUUUCGGCGAAGCCGCGAAGGCGCAGUUGAACAAUCCGGGAAGGGUGUGGAAGGACAAGGCUCCAUCCGCCGAGAAAUUGGCCGACUUCCUCAGAGAGGAGGCCCCCGGCACGGGGCUACUGUCGGCGAUCGCGUUCGCGUGGUCGUUGGGCCAUCUGGACGCCGUGCAUCGCAGCUACGAUCCGCUCGUCGUCGAGAACCCGAAGCUGGUCGGCCUCAAGGCGCUCCGACUGGAGCUGUUGGACUGCGUGGAGAAGGCCGCGCUGAGCAGACGGGAGGCGUCAUCCAUGGGUCGUGGCGUGGGAACCGGCAUCGCUCUGGGUGGGGAGGCUGAGGAGGCUGCGGCGGGGUCGCACUCGGUCGGGCACGGGUUCAAAGAUGGCGGCGAAGAGGAGCAAGAGGAGGAGGACCAAGAGGGGGGCGGGGAGGAGGUUGGUGGCUUGGACGAGGAGGAGGAGGACGAGGAGAGUGAGGACGCCGACGAGGAGGCAGUGCAGUUCGCCGGUGAGAAGGUUGCGGAUAAGAGCGGUGCGAAGGUUGCGGAUAAGAGCGGUGGAAGCGGACCCAAGUCGGGCAAGAAGGCGCGGGGGAGCGGUGGCUCGACCACGACCCGGAUGGCGUCAAAGGCGGUCAUGGAGCGUCUGAAGGCGGCGGAGCGGGAGAACAAGAGGCUGAGGGAGGAGAAGCUGGUGGCGGAGAAGAGGCUGGAGAACCAGAUGGUGCGGAUGGACACGCUCCACUCCUCGGUUUCGGCGGCGGUCCACAAGCUGGGGGCGGUCGCCGACCGCGUGACCGCUCACGAGCAGACGUCGGGGGCGAGCCUCGAAGGGGCGGUGGAGGCUAUGAAGGCGGUCGUGGAGGAGGCGUGCAGAAACCGCAACUCCAUCAUAGAGCACAUAAACGACAAGUGGCUGCCCACCAUCAAGACGGUCGUGUCUGCCGAGGUCAAGGCCGUCAUGCAGAGCGAGGCGAAGGCGAUCGCCGCGGCCGUGAGUGCGAAAGUCGCCGAAGAGCUUAGGGAGGUCGUGGUGAAGGCGGUCACCUCCGCGACCCAACAGGGGCUUGGAGCCGCCGGGUUUAGCCUCCUCCCAAAUGCUCUCGCGUCGGCGAUGCACGGCGGUCGCUCAACCGCCGAGGAGCAUGGGCCGCCGCCAAGGCACGGCGGGAAAAGGGUCGCCGACGAAAAAUCCCUGACCGGCGAGCAGACCAGCGGCAUUAAGCGAAGCAGAGGACCAGCGGCGAAGCGCGGUUCGGCCGUGGAACCUCCUGCCGCCCCGUAUGUUCGUAUUCCCGGCGUCAUCGACUUGCUGAAAGAGGGUCUUGGCGCGCGUCCGAGCGCCGAUUUUCGACAGGUCGACGACGGGCUCCAGGAUCCAGCUCCGGUGGUCGGGGAGCAGGGUGGGCAGCCCGUGGGGGACCAGCAGAGUUUGGCCGCGACCACUCCGCCGAGCGUACACGACGCGCUACCGAGCGGCGCCCAGACGCAUCUGGUGGGCGGUGUCGUGGGAGGGGCAUCCGUGGUCGGGAUGCUGGGCGGGCAGCCACUGCCCGAGGCCAGUCCGGCGAAUGCACAUGGCGCUCCACCGAGCGGCGGCACGACGCAGAUGGCCGGGGAGCUCCUGCACAUAGCAGCGGUGGUCGGCCAGCAGGGCGGGCAGGCCGUUGCGCGCCAGCAUGUUCAACCCUCAACGGGUACGGCGACUGCGAGACCGACCGGCGACACAGUGCAGCUGGCUCUGGCGCCCGCAGCGGUGGUCGGCCAGCAGGGAGGGCAGGCCGCUGCGGGCCAGCAUCCUCACCCCUCGACGAGCACGGCGACGGCUCAAGACGAGCGACCGGGGGCCCGGCUGGCCGACGACCUCCUGCACACCGCCGCGGUUGUACGCCAGCAGGGAAAGCAGGCUGCUGCGGGACCGCAUCUUAACCCCUCGAUGAGCUCGGCGACGGCUCAAGAAGCGCGACCGGGUGCCGAGCUGGCCGACGACCUCCUGCGGUCCGCCGCGGUUGUACGCCUGCAGGGAGGGCAGUCCGCUGCGGGCCCGCAUCCUCACCCCUCGACGAGCUCGGCGACGGGUCAAGACGCCCGACCGGGUGCCGGGCUGGCCGACGACCUCCUGCGGUCCGCCGCGGUUGUACGCAAGCAGGGAGGGCCGUCCGCUGCGGGCCAGCAUCCUCCCCCCUCGACGAGCACGGCGACUGCUCCAGACGCGCGACCUGGUGCGGUCAGGGCGCAGCUGGCCGACGACCUCCUGCGGUCGGCGGCGGUGGUCGGCCAGCAGGGAGGGCAGCCCGCUGCGGGCCAGCAUCCUCACCCCUCGACGAGUCCGGCGGGUAGCGCGCGCCCGGGUGGCACGGCGGCUCUGCUGGCCGACGAGCCUUUCCGCCCCGUGCAGCGAGCCACAGGAGUCCUACCCAGCAGCGUGGUCGAGGCUGCCACACCGAUGAUUGUGUCGGCGUCGGCACCAGCGCCUCACCGAGCGGGUACUGCCCACGGGACGCCCGGCGGAGUUGAGACGAAUGUGUCGCUGCCGAACCCGCCUCCGCCCACCACGGUGACUGACGAUGCGGCCAGCUUACCCGGUCAGAAGGCCGGUGUGGUCGGCGUGGAAGCGAUACCCGCGCCCGCGGCUUCACCAGCGGUCGAGGCUCUAAUCAACAGGAAGGGAACGUGGGAGGAGUAUCUGAAAUGGCUCGAGGAUCAGAGUGGCCCAGAAGUUCCUCCGUCGGCGGCUAGGAACCAGGCGGUCGACCCAGGAGCAGAGACAGGGAACGCCACGGCAGCGACUGCAGGGGCGAGCGUCACCACAACGGAGGAGGCGGCUCUUUGGGGACUGAUGGAAGAGGUCGGCGGGGUGGACCCCGCAAUCCUCGCCUCUAUCGUGAUGCCGGACCCUGAGGUCGAGGCCCUUAAGGAUAAAGUGGAAGAAGCAGCCCCGACUGCGGAAGCGCAAAGGGAUACACCGGCCGCCUCGUCUGCACCUGCGGUGGGCCCCAGCGCGACUGGCGCCAAAUCCCCCCCGGCCAAAACCGGUGAGGUCGGCGACGGGAAGCAUAAGCGCAAGGGCAAGGGCAAGGCCGGGACGGCUAAAGCAGCCACGUCGGAGACGAAGGGUCGGAAGGGUUCAGGCGUCCGAGUUGACGAAAAGACGGGGCUGGCCACGUCGGAGAUGAAGUUUGGCAAGAAGAGCCGUUACGUCUGCCGGUCGAACGACAAGACCGAGGCAGCCUACUGCAUCGCCGUCGCCGUUUCAUCGUUCGACGGCUACGUGAGCGAGGUCAUUCUCGCCGAGUUCGCUGGGGUCGAGGCGAAAGUGAUGGAGCGGUAUAAGGCGGACUGGGAGGUGGCGCGCUUGAUUCCGUGCGGCAUGUGGAUGAUCAUGCGGAGCCGUGGCGCAAACGUCUUCCGCGACAGGUUCCAAGAGGUCGUCAACGAGUACAACAGGAUAACCAAGGAGGGCCGCGCAGCUCUUAAUGCAGCUCUUGGUCCGGCGCUGUGGUUCCUCGACCUGCCGGAGCCGACCGAUCCCGAGAAGGCCGCCAAGAACAAGAUGGCGAGCGACAUGAUCGCGCGCGCGGCGAUGUGUGCCGCCUACGCACAUGUGGUCGCGAAAGUCUCGCCCAUCCCGGGCACCAAUGCCACGCCGGAACAAGCGGCAGGCGAAGGGGGGGCGGCAGCCACCGUCCGCGGAGCGUCCGCUGCGUUCGCGAGUCGGUGCAAGAGCGUCAUCGAGGCGGUGCUUCAGCAGGCGUCCGCUCGGGAGGUCGGUGAAGAGGAGGUCGCCGAAACGGUGACGAAGGACCUGCAGGCGGCUGUGGUGAGGUCGCUGCCUGAGGGCGGAGAGGAGCGCGAGCACGACGAGCUUAUCGCCCGUGUCAUGAUCGAGAACCUCGCCUUCUGGGGGGAGUGCUAUGUCGGAGGCCCGAAGCUCAGGGCUCGCGGCGUCGCCUUGCCUGUCGACCCCGCAAUGAGGAUUAUCGUUCGGGACAGGGGGCCGAGGGGCCAGCACAAAGGGAAGCAGGUCGUGGACGCAUAG